CUUUGUCACUCAUUUUUGCCAUUUUUUUUCUCCCAUGGAAAUCUUCGGCUUCUCUCUUUCUUACUACUUGAUGAGACUUUACAGUUGUUUCGUUGAGCUGCAGUGCAAGAGAUGAACAAAGAGCUUGCGAAUUCGCCUCCCCCCCACACCCUCUUUCUCUUUCAUGCAACUUUUUUAUGGAUGAAUCUGUUUAUUCAUUUGUUUUUCUUUCAACGAAAUAUAAUAGAUUUUUUUUUUCCUUUCCUUUUGCUUCUUGAUGGGGUUGGGGAGUAGUUGAGUUCAUCUCUUUGUGCAACAAAGCAAAUAUUGUUUAAGAUUUUCCUGUAUCACUUCUGCAAUUUAGGGGGGGAGAUAGAUAGAUCGAAGACAAUGAUGCCUGCAGGGAAUGGACAAGUGACAGUUCCUCCAGGAUUCCGAUUCCACCCAACAGAUGAGGAGCUUCUCUACUAUUAUCUAAGGAAGAAGGUCUCCUAUGAAGCCAUCGAUCUUGAUGUUAUCAGGGAGGUGGAUCUCAACAAACUCGAGCCUUGGGAUCUUAAAGAGAAAUGUAGAAUUGGAUCGGGGCCUCAGAACGAGUGGUAUUUCUUCAGCCACAAGGACAAGAAAUAUCCAACUGGAACUCGAACAAAUCGAGCAACGACAGCUGGGUUUUGGAAGGCAACGGGGAGGGACAAAGCCAUCCACCUCAGCAAUAUUGCCAAAAGGAUUGGGAUGAGGAAAACCCUUGUGUUCUACACAGGUCGUGCUCCUCAUGGCCAAAAGACUGACUGGAUCAUGCACGAAUAUCGCCUUGACGAUGACAAUAAUCCCGACCUUCAACAGGAAGAUGGGUGGGUUGUCUGCAGGGUUUUCAAGAAGAAGAACCAGUGUCGAGGUUUCCAACCAGAGGUAGAGGGUCGAGAAGAUGAUAUGAAGGCAAGUGGUACUUCUGCCCCAAUACAAAAUCAUGUACAAGGACUAUACGACUAUACGUUUGAUGGCCAAAUUCACCUCCCACAGUUGUUCAGUCAAGAGUCUGCAGCCUUUAUAUCGCCUCAUGUCUCUUUAAACACCAUGGACAUUGAGUGUUCUCAAAACUUGCUGAGGCUAACAACGUCAGCAGCAGGCGGUUGUGGACCAGUUAUGCAGCAACAGGAGAGGUUCCACGGCGGUGACUGGUCGUUCUUGGACAAGCUCCUUGCUUCUCAUCAUCACACCCUGGAUCAGAGUAAAUGCAACCCUUCAUCUCAAGUACUUGCUGAUCAUCAUCAUCAUCAUCAUCAUCAUGUGGGUACCUCAUCAACUCAGAAAUUCCCAUUUCAUUACCUUGGCUGUGAGACUGACAUUUUGAAAUUUUCCAAGUAAGUUAACUACUGUGUCACAUGCAGUUUUCUUUCCUAGCUAAUUAAGAGCCGUGUGGCAGAAAUCUGUACUAGUAGCUACUCUUUAUAUUAGCAUAUUCCUAAUAGAUAUUUGGUCGAGAUUUUAUCCCAUUUAAUAUAAGAGUUUACUUUUGUUUUAUGGAAAUGUAUAUAUGGGAGUUCAAGUACUGUUAAGAACGAGGAUUCAUAAUUAUAAUUAUGUUUUAAUUC